AUGAAUAAUUGUUGCCAUUCAUUAUCAACCGCUGCCUGCCAGACCUUCCUGAAGCGGACAGCUCAUCACACGGCUCUGAUAGAGCAGCUCAACAAGCGUCUGGAGGUUGUCUACAGCGGAGGAGGUGAGCAGUCAGUUGAGCAACACCAUGCUCGCGGAAAGGCCUUGCCACGCGAGCGCAUCAAAGCGAUCCUGGAUCCAGGCACCGAAUUCUUGGAGCUCUCGGCUCUUGCAGCCAACGAUCUCUAUGACGGCAUGGCGCACUCUGCAGGAAUUGUUACCGGCGUCGGCCUCGUGCAUGGCAAGGAGGUUCUCUUCGUUGCUAAUGAUGCCACAGUCAAAGGUGGCACCUACUACCCUAUGACUGUCAGCAAGCAUCUCCGUGCGCAGCAGAUCGCCUUAGAGAACAACUUGCCCUGUGUCUAUCUCGUUGACAGUGGUGGCGCAUACCUUCCACUGCAGGACGAGGUAUUCCCUGGACGCCUGCACUUCGGACGCAUCUUCUACAACCAGGCGCAGAUGUCCCGACGCGGUUUGCCGCAGGUUUCAGCUGUCCUCGGCUCCUGCACAGCGGGCGGCGCCUAUGUCCCAGCGAUGUCGGAUGAGAACAUCAUCGUCAAGGGAAACGGCACCAUCUUCUUGGGAGGGCCUCCCCUGGUCAAGGCCUCCACCGGCGAGGUGGUCACUGCGGAGGAGCUUGGAGGUGCGGAUGUGCAUACAUCCAAGUCUGGCGUUGCGGAUCACUUCGCAGAGAAUGAGCCUCAGGCAUUGGCGAUCUGCCGUGAGGUCUUGGCGCACGUUGGUGAGCCGACGCAUCCGAAGCAUCCUGAGGUAGAGCCUGAAGCCCCGUUAUUGGAUCCCAACGACCUGCUGGGAAUCAUCCCAGAGGACAACUCCAAGGCCCUGGAAAUACGCGAGAUCAUCGCUCGAAUUGUGGACGGCUCGCGGUUCCACGAGUUCAAGCACAGGUAUGGCACCACUUUGGUGUGUGGAUUUGCGCACAUCCACGGCUAUCCCAUCGGCAUCGUGGCCAACAACGGGAUCCUGUUUGGCGAGUCGGCAACCAAAGGAGCGCACUUCGUGCAGCUUUGUGGUCAGCGGCGGAUUCCCCUCCUGUUUCUGCAGAACAUCACCGGCUUCAUGGUGGGCAAGGCUUAUGAAAAUGGUGGCAUUGCACGCGAUGGGGCCAAAAUGGUCAAUGCUGUGGCGUGUGUGGACGUGCCGAAGAUCACUGUGAUUGUGGCUGGAAGCCAUGGCGCUGGGAAUUAUGGCAUGUGCGGACGUGCUUUCGAUCCUCGCUUCCUGUUCAUGUGGCCCAAUGCCCGAAUCGGCGUGAUGGGUGGUUCACAGGCAGCAGAGGUUCUUUCAACUGUCAAGCAGGCGCAGUUGAAACGGCAGGGAAAGCCGGAGAUGGGUGAGAAAGAGUUGGAAGACUUCAAGCGGCCCAUCCUAGAGAAGUAUGAGGCCGAAGGAAACCCUUACCACUCGACAUCUCGACUCUGGGAUGAUGGAAUCAUUGACCCGCGCGACACGCGGCAGGUACUUGCCAGAUGUCUGCGGAUCUGCAGCAGGGCGCCUGGCGAAGUCUCCAAAGGAGGAUUUGGCGUAUUCCGCAUGUGA